AUGUCGGAGACACCUCUACUAUCCCGUUCAUCUCGCUCAUCAUCGUCGGCUUCCUCAUCCUCCUCAUCACUCACCAGUCUCAUAAGUUCACCCAUCCUCAACCCUCUGAGUAAAUCACCCUCGUACUCUUACAAACUGCCUUCACCCGUCUCAUCAUCUUCGAACAAGAAGUCCAAUCCUAACAAACGUAAAUUCCGAUCGAUAGUACUACAGUUGCUCGCCUUGAUAGUAGUCCUCUCAUGGGUCACAUAUCCUUUUGUCAGAUCCUCGAGCUCUAGUCAAAUCAUUUCUUUGAAGAUACAUCCAGCCGUAGAAAGUCUUAUUUCCAAAACCAAAACACAGUCACCAUCCGGUCAUUCCCACCAGUCCGAUUUAGGGAGGAGAGAGGCUUACGUUACGUUUUUAUCAUCCAUAUCCGAUACCAAUUACCUGUUAUCAACUAGAUUAUUGAUAUAUCAGCUACUCCACGAUCCUCUUACCCGCGAUUCUACCAGCUCAAGAGACGUUGUAGUACUCACUACACCGCAUAUCGAUAUGGACACAGAGGAUUUACUGAAGAAAGAAGGAGCAGUAGUACACAGAGUGGAAUUGUUGGACGGUUUUGACUUACCUGAUGAAGUGAAUGGUCAUUGGAAAGAUCAAUAUACCAAACUCAAUAUAUUCAAUUUAACGACAUACGAUGAAAUACUAUAUCUGGAUAACGAUGUUCUCCUUUUGAAGUCUCUCGAGGAUAUAUGGAAUAGUGAAGGAUCGGAUUUACCCCAUGGAAUAGGCGGUGUAGGAGAGAAUAGUAAGAUCUAUCUACAAAAUUCGGACUUGAGAAUACCUCCUCCCGAACGGUUAAAAGCUCAAGACAAAGAUUACCUAAAUGCUGGAUUCAUGUUGAUCAGACCUGAAGAACGGUUGUUUGAGAGUCUGAGAGCUACGAAAGGGUAUGAUACGUUUUAUAUGGAACAGGCACUCAUCAAUCAGUAUGCCUCUUGGGAAGGCAAUCAUCCCUGGACACCAUUGAAUCAUUUGUUCGUCUCCCAUUUCCCCAAAACAUCAGAUACACAGGAAGGUUAUCAUUCCCUUCACGCGAAAAUGUGGAAGGAUCCUGUAACUCCGGCUGUCAAGCGGAUUUGGGAAGAAGCCGUAGGAAGGAUGGAGGAGUAUUGGAGGUGGCACGAUGAAGAAUAG